GUGUUAUGAUUAUAAAUUAGUAUAUCAUUCAAUUGUUUAAUUAGUUCAUUACUUGGCAAAAUGCGUAAUGUCUUAGUCCUAUUGGCUGCAAGCUUAGCAGCUGUUGCAGCUGCGCCGAGAAACCCGCAAAGAAUAGUCGGCGGUUCAGUAACUACCAUCGAGCAGUAUCCAGAGAUUGUCGCUCUUUUAUUCUCCCAGUUUGGUAUCCUGUAUAGCCAAGCAUGCGGCGGCACUAUUCUCAACAACAGAUCCAUUCUGACUGCAGCUCACUGUCCAGCAGGCGACCGAGUUUCACGUUGGCGUGCGCGCAUUGGCUCCACUCGAUCCAACAGCGGUGGCAUAGUUUACAAUUUCAAUUCCUUCAUCAUACACCCUAAUUACAAUAGAAGAACUUUAGACAAUGACAUUGGUAUUAUGCGGACUUCUUCCCCAAUUGUUUAUAACGCUGGUGCUCGGCCUGGUUCCAUCGCAGGCCCUAACUAUGCGCUUGCUGACAACCAAAUAGUUUGGGCAGCUGGUUGGGGCGCUACUUCUUAUGGUGGUUCGUCAUCGGCACAACUGAGGCAUGUUCAGAUCUGGACUGUGAACCAGGCCACGUGUAGGUCUCGCUACGCCAGUAUUGGCCGUACCGUCACCGACAACAUGUUGUGCUCCGGCUGGCUCGACGUCGGCGGCCGCGAUCAGUGCCAGGGUGACUCCGGUGGCCCUCUCUACCACAACCGCGUGGUCGUCGGAGUAUGUUCUUGGGGAAGAAGAUGCGCUCUCGCCGAGUUCCCUGGCGUUAACGCUCGCGUCACACGUUUUAGCAAUUGGAUUCAAGUGAAUGCAUAAUUUUAUGUCCCAAUAAUAAAGUCUUUGAUUUGUUUAUUUUAUUUAAAUUUUAAAUCGAAAUAAAGUGUGAGUUAAACUAUAU